GAGUUAUACUUUCAAACAAUGUAUGCCCGCCUAACCCAACCAGAAAGGUGAAUAGAACAAACGCACUCUUGCUUUACAUUACCAUGAAGAAUUUACGGAAGAGUCGUACCAGGCGUGGCUGAGGAACUUCCUUCUUCACAGCUCAAAAAUGACAGCGACUCUGCGCCCGUAUUUGAACGCUGUGAGGUCCACCCUGCAGGCAGCCCUCUGUCUGGAGAACUUCUCCUCUCAGGUGGUGGAGCGCCACAACAAACCGGAGGUAGAAGUCAGGAGCAGUAAGGAGCUGCUGCUUCAGCCUGUGGUGAUCAGCCGGAAUGAGAAGGAGAAGGUUCUCAUUGAGGGGUCAAUCAACUCUGUCAGAGUCAGCAUUGCUGUCAAGCAGGCAGACGAGAUUGAGAAGAUCCUUUGCCACAAGUUCAUGCGUUUCAUGAUGAUGAGAGCUGAGAACUUCUUCAUCCUGAGGAGGAAACCAGUGGAGGGAUACGAUAUUAGCUUCUUGAUUACCAACUUCCACACAGAGCAGAUGUACAAACACAAGCUGGUGGACUUUGUCAUCCACUUCAUGGAGGAGAUCGACAAGGAGAUCAGCGAGAUGAAACUGUCCGUCAACGCCAGGGCCCGUAUUGUUGCAGAAGAAUUCCUCAAAAAUUUCUAAAGACAGCGAUGUCCUCGGUCUCACACACAAGCCUGGGACGCUUAUCUGGACCAAUCAGCAUUUGAGAGAAGAACUGAAGACCCACGUGGAGAGGACAGAACACCCUCUGCCCUUGUCUCAAGCUUUUCCCCUGUACUCAUGGAUGCCAGUUCAUGUAUAUAAUGAAAUGUUUACCAGUUUCAUUUUCAGCCACUGAACAAAUCCCCAAACAAAGGCGGGUCCUUAAAGUAUUAAUCCGGUUGAUGUCCAUGAAAACAGGGUCGCUCAGGACGAGAAGAUGCAAAUAAACCCGAGUCUGUGUUCGUCACCGUUUCAAAUGUGUCUAUAAAAAUUGUUGGGGGAAGUGAUCUAGCCGCGUUUAAUCAACUAGAAAAAGAGAAGUCUCAGAGGACGUCACAGUAACCCAUGAAAGAAAAAAAUAAUCAGAGAGAAAUAAAGUCUUUUGUUUAUA